AUGGUGUGGUACGACGCAAACCGCAUCGAGCGUACCGUUACACGCCAAUUCGUAUGCUCGCACCUCCUUCCCGCUGAAAUCGAACGCUUGGACCGGCCGCUGGCAUUUGGCGAUGGCCUUACCGACGGCACAUAUUGGGAGUGGAUCGACGAGAAGGCCAAGAAGAUCUUUCUCAUUCUCGUCGACCUGCACGUGCCUGACCAAAUUUUCGGUGUGAUAGACGACUCCUGGGACGACGAAGACCUGCCCAUUGCCCGCGAGCACGUCGAACGGCUGGCGCUGACACCCAGCCGUGACGCCCGUUUCGAUCGCAAGUUCCACCAGCGACAGUACUACUACCUGCUCAAGCCUCUGGAGCGCAGCGACGAGGUGGUGAUUUACGACGACAUGGAGGUCGUGCCGCUGGACCUGGUGGACCGCAGCCCUGGUGGCAGCGGCAGUAUAGGAAGCGACGGUAGCGGUUCACCGGGCGGCGGCAGUGGGAGCGGACUCACAGGCAGCAGCAGUUCUGGGAGUGGCCUUGGUGGUGGCAGCAGCGGUUUGCCGGGUGGUGGCGACCGCGUCGCGCUGCCCAACUAUCCGGGCAUGGUCUUUGCUCGCCGGCGAAUCCCGCUGGCGCCCAUUGCCGGCUCGGCGUAUGGGUACGGCUACGUCACGCUCGACGAGUUCCAAUACGAGGUCACCAGCAUCAAGUCCGUGCAAAACGACCACCUCGUAUCAUACUUUACCUCGUACGUCCACCAAGGCUACGGGUACGUUCUCUUUACGCCCGCCGGCGAGGGAAGCCUCAAGUCCCUUUUGGCAACGACUCCGGCACCUGUCAAAGCCCUUGCCAAACGUGAUCGCCGCCGCCUCAUCUUCAACUGGAUCCACUGCCUCGUGGACACACUUUGCUUUGUGCACAACCGGGGCCUAUCACACGGCAACAUCAAGCCGUCGACGGUCCUCUUCAGCCACCACAACAACGACAACCACAUCUUCUUUUCCGACUUUACGCACUUUGGCAUGGACAGCAGCGGGUCCAGCCACGACAAAGUAUCCUUUGACAAGGAGUCGUACGACUACGCGGCGCCCGAGCAGUGGUAUCGGCCAUCCGGGAGCAGCAGUGGAGGCAGCGGUGGUGUUGGUGUUGGUGCAAUCAGUGGCAGCAGUAGUCGCAAGAGCACUCUGACGGGCGAGGGUGGUUCUGGUGGUCGCGGUGCCGGCAUGAGCAUGUAUGCCGGCAGCGUCUACGGCAGCAGCAGCAGCCGUGACAGUGCCAUCGGUAGUGGAAUGACGAGCAGUCGGCACCGGCAAAACAGUGGCGAGAACGUAGGCCUGGGACUCUCCAUGUCGCCCGAUCAACACAUGACAACUGCCUCGGGAUUUGCGUUCCAGGUGGGCGCUUCGGCCAACUUCUCCAUCAGCCGCAGCAACACAAUGGGCGGCUGCGCCGGUGGCGGUGACGGCUACUAUUCGUCAUCCAACGGGAACAGUGGCUCAAAUGUACCCAUCCCUCAGUUGAACCCGCAGGCGGCCGAUGUCUUUUCCCUCGGCUGUAUCAUUCUCGAGCUGCUCAGUUUCAUGCUCAAGCGCCAGACACGGUCGUUUGCCACACACCGUGCCGCCAAACACAAGACUCCGGGCCGCGGUGGCGCCGUGCUUGACUCGUCCUUUCACAAAAAUCUCGGCCAGGUAGAGAGCUGGAUGACCGGCCUUGCGCGCGAUGCCGCUUCCUCUCUUGGCAAGAAGCGGUCCAUGAAGGUAGGCUCCGAGGACAGCGACGGAACACUCGCCGGUGUCGCACCCAUGCUGCACGUCGUCGAGCGCAUGAUGGCGCUGCACGCCAGCGAACGUCCUUCGGCCUACGAUGUUCAAGCGCGCAUGUACCAGAUCCUGCGCGACCACUGUGGGAUCUCGGAACCGCACUGCGUGCAUGAGUACGGCGGCUUUAAUAUGGGUUGGUUGGACUACACAACCUACGCCGGCGUGGAUAUGGGCACGAUGAUGGCCAACAACGCAGGCGACGUCAGUGGCAGCUACUACUCAUACGGUGGUACAGCCGCAGGAAGCUAUGGAGCGGGCGGGGCAGGGGACUACGGCAGCAGCUACUCACACUCACCACGCCUCAUCAUGUCGACCAACGGCACCAACACAACGUCCGACAGCAGCGGGGCUGUGUCACCGACGGCCAUGAUAGCCGUGUCGCCCACGUCCACGUCGAUAUUAGGUGGCGGCGGUGGCUACAGCUGGAGCAGCAACAGCGGCGCCGUCAGCCCGGCGGCCGGUCCGUCGCGUACCGGCAGCUUCAACUACGGGUACGGCAGCCUCAGCAGCAACCAUCACACUGCCAACCAGCGGAGCAUGAGCGGCCGACGUGCCGCUGUGCACCACGCCCGCAACGACAGCGGCUCGGGUGGAAGUGCUCGGAGUAGUGUGGCUGGCGUGGGCGGUGCCGGCGGCGGCGGCGGCGCCAGCGUGAUCCUCGAGGAGAGCGAGACCGGCAGUGUGGCCAGCAGCAAAGAUGGCAUCAAAGACGUCAAAGACGGUGGAAAGGGCGGCGGCUUCGACCUGUCCAACGGCUUGCAGGCGAUCCGAAAUCUGCAAAUCCGUGACAAGGUACGGCAGCCAUGGAAUUCGCCCGUGUAUGCGGCAUGA